AUGGCCCUCCUGCUGUCUCUACUGAUGACCCUGGUGGCACUCAGCUGUGGCCCUGCUGGAUCUCUGAGCUGUGUCCUGUCUCGGAACCACGUUCUAGUUAGCAGAAGAAACCUUGAACUUAUGGGCAAAAUGAAAAAAGUCUCCCCUUUUUCCUGUCUGAAGGACAGAAGAGACUUCCGAUUCCCCUGGAAGAUGGUGGCUGACAGCCAGUUGCAGGAGACCCAGGCCAUGUCUGUGCUCCAAGAGAUGCUCCAGCAGUACUUCCAGCUCUUUCUCAUAGAGGGCUCCUCAGCUCCCUGGAACCUGACCUUCUUGGAACCACUGCGCAGUGGACUCUAUCAGCAGCUGGAAGACCUGGACUCCUGUUUGGUGCAGAAAAGAGCUGAGGAGAGCUCUGCCUCUGGUAUUUGGGGCCCCAUAUUGGCCAUGAAGAAGUACUUUUGGGGCAUCCAUCUCUACCUGAGAGAGAAGAAAUACAGUGACUGUGCCUGGGAGGUUGUCAGAGUGGAAAUCAUGAGAUCCUUCUGGCUGUCAACAACCUUGCAAACCAGAUUAAGCAUUAAGAAUGAAGACCUGGAGUCACCUUGA